UCCGUGGUUUCCUGGCCCCACCGACGGAGGGGACGCUCUUUGGCUCCCCCUGAGCCCGGUCUCCCCGCCCCACUCCCAGCCACCGUUCGUGGGAGUGGGGGCUGUUCCCGCGUGGGCCGCCUUGCCCUCUCUCUUCCCCUCCUGCAGGUCUAAGGGGACUUUUCUUCCCUCCCGGGCAAACUCGGACGAUGGAGGUGUCCUGGCGCCUGUCCUAAGAUGCCCGUGAUGAGGGGCCUCUUGGCUCCCCAAAACACCUUCCUGGAUACCAUCGCCACCCGCUUCGACGGCACCCACAGUAAUUUUGUCCUGGGCAAUGCCCAAGUACGGGGAGCCUUUCCUGUGGUUUACUGUUCCGAUGGUUUCUGUGAACUGACCGGCUUCUCCCGGGCGGAGGUCAUGCAGCGCUGCUGUGCUUGCAGCUUCCUCUAUGGGCCUGACACCAGCGAACUGGUGCGCACACAGAUCCGCAAAGCCCUCGAUGAGCACAAGGAGUUCAAAGCCGAGCUCAUUCUCUACAGGAAAAGUGGUGCCCCUUUCUGGUGCCUGCUGGAUGUAGUGCCUAUCAAAAAUGAAAAAGGAGAUGUGGCCCUUUUUCUGGUCUCCCAUAAGGAUAUCACUGAGACCAAGAGCAGAGCGUUGGCAGAAAAUUGGAAAGAAGGAGGUGGACGGCGACGCUACAGUCGCGGUGGAGCCAAAGGCUUCAAUGCCAACCGUCGUCGAAGCCGGGCUGUGCUGUAUCAUCUGUCAGGGCACCUCCAGAAGCAGGGCAAAGGGAAACGCAAGCUGCACAAGGGAGUCUUUGGGGAGAAGCCUGCCCUGCCUGAAUACAAAGUGGCUGCAGCACGCAAAUCACCAUUCAUCCUCUUGCACUACGGGACCUUCAAGGCUGGCUGGGAUGGACUGAUUCUUUUGGCCACGUUGUACGUGGCUGUUACAGUGCCCUACAGUGUCUGCUUCAGUGGCAUCAGGGAGGAAGGGCUUCCGGAGGCUGUUCGUGCACCUCCCAGCAUUUGUGAUCUUUCUGUUGAGAUCCUUUUUAUCCUAGAUAUUGUGCUGAAUUUCCGCACUACUUUUGUCAGCAAAUCAGGGCAGGUGGUGUUUGACCCUCGUGCCAUUUUCUUGCACUACCUGACCCGUUGGUUUGUUCUGGACCUCUUGGCAGCCCUGCCCUUUGACCUUCUCUAUGCCUUCCAGGUCAAUGUGUACUUUGGUGCUCACUUACUCAAGACUGUGAGACUCUUGCGCCUGCUGCGCCUGCUGCCCAACUUGGAUAGAUACUCACAGUACAGUGCUGUGGUGCUCACCCUGCUCAUGACCGUCUUUGCGCUCCUGGCUCACUGGGUCGCCUGCGUCUGGUAUUUCAUCGGGCAGCGUGAGGUUGAGAGCAGCCCCUCCCAGCUUCCGGGAAUAGGUUGGUUGCAGGAGCUGGCUCGCCGCCUCUCAACUCCCUACUACCUGGCGCAGAGGAACACCAGUGGAGAAGACAGUUCUGCCAAUGAGAUGGGCCCUCCUCUGAACGGCAGCAUGUGGGAGCUGCUGGGGGGGCCCUCCUUGCGUAGCUCGUACAUCACCUCCCUCUACUUUGCCCUCAGCAGCCUGACUAGCGUGGGCUUUGGCAACGUGUCGGCCAACACUGACUCAGAGAAGAUCUUCUCCAUAUGCACCAUGCUGGUGGGGGCCUUGAUGCACGCAGUAGUCUUUGGCAAUGUGACUGCCAUCAUCCAGCGCAUGUAUGCUCGCCGCUUCCUCUAUCACAGCCGCACGCGUGACCUGCGUGACUACAUCCGCAUUCACCGCAUCCCUCCACCACUGAAGCAGCGGAUGCUUGAGUACUUCCAGGCCACCUGGAGUGCCAACAAUGGCAUUGAUACCCGGGAGCUGCUGCAGAGCCUUCCAGAGGAGCUGCGUGCUGACAUUGCCCUUCACCUGCACAAGGACCUGCUCCAGCUCCCCCUCUUCGAGGGAGCAAGCCGGGGCUGCCACCGCUCCCUUUCACUCAGUGUCCGCACUUCCUUCUGCACGCCUGGGGAAUACCUCAUCCGGCAGGGGGAUGCACUUCAGGCCGUCUAUCUUAUCUGCUCAGGCUCCAUGGAGGUGCUCAAAGAUGGCACUGUCCUGGCCAUCCUAGGAAAGGGGGACCUGAUUGGUUGCCACAUCUCAUCCAGGGACCAGGUGGUUCCAGCCAAUGCGGAUGUGCGAGGUCUGACCUACUGUGACCUGCAAUGCCUGAGCCUGCCUGGCCUCCUGGCUAGCCUCAAACUCUACCCAGAAUUUGCCAGCAAAUUCCUCCGGGAGCUGCCCUGUGAGCUCGGCUACAACCUGGGAGGAGGCAGCAACCCUCCCGCAGAGUCUCCAUCGCGGAGCAGCAGGGAACCCACCACUCUGCGCUCUGCUGAUGCUUCAUUCCCUCCACAUCACCGAAGCCCCUGCUUGCCUCUAGAAGCAGUGGGUGAGCCCCCCAAGCCCUUGUUCCCCUCAGUCUCUGGAACCUCCAGCCAUCAGCUGCCACAUUCAGGUUUUCCUCAUCAUCCACCCUCAGAAGCAUCCUUGCGUCCCACAGCGUUGCGUCUGAACAACGCCCCAUGCAGUGGCCCCCCAGAGCUGAGCCCCAGGGUUGUAGAUGGCAUUGAGGAUGGGUCUGGCUCCGACAAACCCGUUUUUAGUUUCUGGCUUGGCCCUUCAGGUCCAGACUACAGCAGCCCUUCACCUGGCACAGACAGUGGCCUGCUCACCAUCCCCCCAGAGCUGUCCAGUGCUGACACUAUUGAGAAACUGCGCCAGGCGGUGGCUGAGCUUUCUGGGCAGGUGCAACAAAUGCGUGAAGGGCUGCACUCUUUACGCCAAGCUGUCCAGCUCUUCCUUCUCUCGCAGACCCCAACUGAGCAGCAUACAGAUCCUCCAACUGGCGGGCCUUUUCCCCAUGUGGAUGUUCCUGCAACUCCUCUGCUGAGCCCACUCCGAGUAGAAACUGGACUCUUGCCAGCCUUCUGUUCACGUAGUGGACCCCCUGCAUCUUGUCCUAAUGGGGCUUGUGGCCGGAUUCAGUGGAUGUGGUCACCGCCGGCUGGGCAGAGCUCACCCUGGCCUGGAACGCUCUGGACCCUGGGGCCAGGAAAGGACUCGGAGGAUGGGGCUACCAUUUCCUCCACUGGUCAUGGACCCAAGGACCAAGGGAGCAACACACAGCCACCAGACCAGAGCCAAGCAUGCUCCCCCAGAAUCAUCCCAGAAACCAAAUCUUCCAGGACUCAAGCCUGUGAUUUCUCAAGCUUUGAGAUGGUGCAGAUUGGCACAGAGGAGGAAGCUACAGAUAGUGCCCCUUUCUGGCCAGAGGUGGAAGGGACAGGCAUAUGAACUACCAUAGUUUGGCUUGCUUGCUUAUAUCAAGAUCCAUCUUUUGGAUGAUCUUAGUCUGGAAAGAGGCUGUUUUACAGUAUGAAGUGCUACUGUGUUCUGGGGAACAGCAAACAUCUGAGUAGAGAGAUGCUAGAAAGCAAAGAGGAGCAAGUCCUGAGAAAAUACAACAGAGAUUUUGCUGAAGACGACCACGGUUGAGGAGGCUCAUCAUGUGGCAGGAUUUACAGGAAGCAAUGGUGGCCAAAUGGAAAUGGGAUGAAGAAGAUUAGAAACUAUGGGGCAGAAGAAGAAAAGGAGGAGGAAGAGAUGAAUUUGUAUAUCAAUUUGUAAAUGGCUUUGAAAGCACACAUUUCAAGAAAGUUGCAGUACUUCUCACAAUAGUGAUAAAAGGAAAGGAUUACAAGAUAACCUUUGAAGCUUUCUGUAGGAUGAAAGGAUAGGCAAUCAUUGGCAAAAGCAGGCAAACUGGAUCUGCUGCAGCAGGCUCUAUUGCCAAAAGCUAGACCCAUCCUAGCUGGAUUGUUGCCUGGGUUGCAGAAUUACAUUGUCAAACUCAAGACAGUUGAAAUAUGCAAAACAUGAACACUCACCAUAUUAAAUCUUCCUUCAGGCACCUUGAUUGUUAGGUAUCAGCUGUGGCAUCAGGGAAUGACUGGGAAUCCCAUUGUGCAUGCAGUUUUUUGGUGGGAGGGCAGAACAAAGAAUCUUUCUGGCCCCUUUGGAUGCAAAGGCUUACCAAGAUAGUAAUUUUUAUAUAAUAAAAGAUAAAUUUUGAACACCAA